GGAUGCGCUGAGUGAGUGGAGUGGUCAGGAUUCAAUAGUGUCUGAGUUCUUAGCGAACUUAAACGGGGGAAGCGCACAGUCUGAAUCAUGCAGCUCGUCAGCUGUGUAACUCACUGGGAGUGGUAUCAAAAUUGUGCAAGAUACGGAUAAGACACGUUUUUUCAACGUGCGGUUGCUGAGACGGUUUAUAAUAAUGCUCUGCGUCAGGACGAGCCCCGGUUUCUUCUUCUUUUCCCCUUUCGGAUUUGUUUGUGCUGACGGCGUGAAACAGCGCUGAAGUUUGUGUAGAUAGUGUGUGAAGGGCGAGAACUGUAGUGGAGAGCUGGUUGUAAUAGUUACAAGAGUGAAAAACAAGAAAGAAAGAAAAAAAAACGAAAAAGAAAAAGACCUCAGCAUGGGGAACGCAGGGAGUUUGGACCAACACACUGACCCGAGAGGACACCACAUGCCGUUAAAACUGCCCAUGCCCGACCCAGGGGAGUUAGAGGAACGGUUUGCGGUUGUUUUGAAUUCUAUGAAUUUGCCUCCAGACAAAGCCCGGUUACUACGGCAGUAUGACAACGAGAAGAAGUGGGAGCUUAUCUGUGAUCAGGAAAGAUUUCAAGUAAAAAACCCUCCUCACACAUAUAUCCAGAAGCUGAAGAGUUAUUUGGACCCAGCAGUCACCAGGAAGAAAUUCCGUCGGAGAGUCCAAGAAUCCACUCAGGUGCUGAGAGAACUAGAAAUUUCAUUAAGGACCAAUCACAUCGGAUGGGUGCGUGAGUUUCUAAACGAGGAGAAUAAGGGUCUGGAUGUGUUGGUGGAGUAUCUCUCAUUUGCACAGUAUGCUGUCACAUUUGAUGGUGACAGUUUUGAGAAUGGCACAGACAAUGCGAUGGAUAAGUCUAAAUCCUGGAGUCGCUCUAUCGAAGAUCUUCAUCGAGGGAGCAGUCUACCCUCUCCAGGAAGCAUUAGCAGAGCUGGGAGACAUUCUACAUUAAGAUGUAAUACAUUGCCCAGCAGAAGAACAUUAAAGAAUUCAAGAUUGCUGUGUAAGAAAGACGAUGUUCACGUCUGCAUCAUGUGUCUACGAGCCAUAAUGAACUAUCAGUAUGGCUUCAACAUGGUUAUGUCCCACCCUCAUGCUGUGAAUGAAAUUGCACUAAGUCUGAACAACAAGAACCCCAGGACAAAAGCACUAGUCCUAGAGCUACUGGCUGCUGUGUGUUUAGUCAGAGGAGGACAUGAGAUCAUUCUCUCUGCUUUUGAUAACUUUAAAGAGGUUUGUUCAGAAAAUCAACGCUUCGAGAAGCUGAUGGAGCACUUCAAGAAUGAGGACAAUAACAUCGAUUUCAUGGUGGCAUGUAUGCAGUUUAUAAACAUUGUGGUCCACUCAGUAGAAGAUAUGAAUUUUAGAGUGCACCUACAGUAUGACUUCACUAAACUAUGUUUGGACGAGUACUUGGAUAAGCUGAAGCACACAGAGAGCGAUAAACUGCAGGUGCAGAUCCAGGCUUACCUGGAUAAUGUGUUCGAUGUGGGGGCUCUGUUGGAGGACGCUGAAACAAAGAAUGCAGCGCUGGAACGAGUGGAGGAGCUGGAGGAGAGCAUGUCUCAUAUGACCGAGAAGUUACAGGACACAGAAAAUGAAGCUAUGGCAAAGAUUGUGGAACUGGAGAAGCAGCUAAUGCAUAAGAACAAGGAACUGGACUCUGUACGGGAAGUCUACAAGGACGCCUCCUCUCAGGUGCACACACUAAGAAGAAUUGUGAAGGAAAAGGAUGAGGCCAUUCAGAGACAGUGCAAUCUGGAGAAGAAGAUUCAUGAACUAGAAAAACAAGGAACCAUCAAGAUUCAGAAGAAAGGAGAUGGGGAUAUUGCCAUCCUGCCCACUGUUCCACCCACUAACGGUCUGCUGGCAGGCACAGAGGGUGUGAUGGGGGUUCCUGGGAGUACCAUGGUCGGUUCUGUGGGACCAAGUAACGGUGUAGACCCGGGCAUGUCCAUGCCACCACCUCCUCCUCCACCCCCUCCUAUGCCUUCAUCAUUACCAAAUGGUCCAUCACCGGUCGUUGAGCCACCUCCUCCUCCUCCUCCUCCACCACCUCCCCCUCUUCCUGGCUCUGGCAUGGGGGAAUCUAUGCCCCCACCUCCACCACCCAUGGCACCACCUCUACCAGGCUGUGGAUCCCCCACUGUAAUUUUUAAUUCAGGUCUUGCAGCUGUGAAGAUUAAGAAGCCAAUCAAAACGAAGUUCCGAAUGCCAGUGUUUAACUGGGUUGCGCUUAAGCCCAACCAAAUCAAUGGCACAGUCUUCAAUGAGAUUGAUGAUGAGAGGAUACUGGAGGAUCUGAAUGUGGAUGAGUUUGAAGAGAUAUUUAAGACAAGAGCUCAGGGCCCUGCUAUUGAUGUCACUUCUAGCAAGCAGAAGUCCAUUCAGAAGGUCCCUAAUAAAGUUUCCCUCCUGGAUUCAAACAGGGCCAAAAAUCUGGCAAUUACACUCCGAAAAGUUGGCAAGACUCCUGAGGAAAUCUGUAAAUCAAUUCAGAUGUUUGAUCUUCGAAUGUUGCCAGUGGACUUUGUGGAGUGUCUGCUACGCUUUAUUCCCACAGAGCCUGAGGUAAAAAUGUUACGGCAGUACGAGAAAGAGAAAAAGCCCCUAGAAAACCUCACAGAUGAGGACCGCUUCAUGAUGCAGUUCAGCAAAAUCGAGCGCCUCAUGCAAAAGAUGACUAUUAUGGCGUUCGUGGGGAACUUUAAUGAGAGUGUGCAAAUGCUCACUCCUCAACUGCAUGCCAUUAUUGCAGCGUCUGUGUCCAUCAAGUCUUCACAGAAACUUAAGAAAAUCCUGGAGAUUAUAUUGGCUCUUGGGAACUACAUGAACAGCAGUAAAAGAGGGGCAGUGUAUGGCUUCAAACUUCAGAGUUUAGACCUGUUAAUUGAUACCAAAUCAACAGACAGGAAGCUAACACUAUUGCACUACAUUGCAAAUGUAGUGAAAGAGAAGUACCAGCAGGUGGCGCUGUUCUAUAACGAGCUCAAUUAUGUGGAAAAAGCAGCAGCAGUCUCUUUAGAGAAUGUGUUGCUGGAUGUGAAGGAGCUCCAGAGGGGUAUGGAUCUAACUAGAAGAGAGUAUAGCAUGCAUGGCCACAACACACUGCUCAAAGACUUCAUUCAUCUCAAUGAGAGCAAGCUCAAAAAAAUACAGGAUGAUGCCAAGAUUGCACAGGAUGCUUUUGAUGAGGCAGUAAAGUUUUUUGGGGAGAGUUCCAAAACCAUGCCUCCGUCAGUGUUCUUCCCUGUGUUUGUGCGCUUUGUGAAGGCAUACAGGCAAGCAGAGGAGGAAAACGAGCAUAGGAAAAGGCAGGAGCAGAUGUUGAUGGAAAAGCUGCUUGAGCAGGAGGCCAUGGAGCAGGAAGAUCAGAAGUCUCCUUCUCACAAGAAUAAACGACAGCAGCAGGAGCUGAUAGCUGAGUUGAAGAAGAAGCAAGUGAAGGACAGUCGGCAUGUUUACGAGGGAAAAGACGGGACCAUAGAGGAUAUUAUCACUGCCCUAAAGAAGAAUAAUAUUACUAAAUUUCCAAAUGUGCACUCGAGGGUAAGGAGCUCGUCCAGUAGCACCCCAGUGGUGAUGGAUGGUACUCAAACCUGAUCUAAGAAACCAGCCUUACAGGCGCGCUGACGCAGUCAGGAGGAGUGUACGAAGACGAUUUGAUGAUCAGAGCUUACGGCCAAUCAACAAUGCAGAGCUGGUGAUGUAACGAAGGCAGUGUGGAUGUGAUUGGUUGACAUGGGAGUGAAUGACAGGCUGUGAGCCGGUCUCUGUGUAAAAAGGACUGAUGAAGGAUUUGAAAGAGUGCAAAGUUUGUCUUAAUGGCCAGAAGCUACUUUUGACCAAGUGCCUGAAUUUAACGUGUGCGAUAGUCUUUUUACUUUUAUAUGUAUUGUUUUAUUCCAAGCAAUAGAAAUAUGUGCUUAUUCACCACUGUCAGAGUAAAACUAGAUUUACACAUUAUUUCCACGCAGAGGGAAAUACACUCGUGUGGAAAUCCUGAGUAAACUCGCACAUUCCAGUGGUAAUUACUAUUUUGCUUUUUACUGCACAGUGUUGUUUAAAAACACUUUCUCCUACAUGUGGACAAGGGCUAGGUGUAAAGAUUUCAGGCAUGUUGAGCUUAUUGCAAACCGAAGAGGAAUGGAAAGGCUGUGCAGCAUCUUUGAAUGGCAACAUUGCAGGCUUCAUGAAGACCAAUUUUAUUUUAAAGAAUUCUAAGAGGGUUUAUGGACAAGUAUUCGUGGGAACUUUGAAAGGUUGUAUAAUGUAGGUGGUUCCAAAUUAAUGUGAAAUGUAUAUAACAUAAGCAUGGUCAUUCAGCAGUGUUAGCAAACCAAAAUCCACUCAGCUCACAGUUACAUUGAAUAUUGUAGUAUCAUGCCAUGAAAUUACAGUAAAAAGUAACAAAGUCCCACUCAUCUUCUACUAAGUGUCAGACCUCCAGUGGGGAGAUGCAAAACAUGUAGCAGACUGACUGAAUCCAAUAUUCAGGACUGUUUUAGUACAAUUUCAGUACAAGCCAAAGAAGAAAAAAAUACCACCUCAGACACCUGAUUCAUCUUUUGUGAACAUAAAAAAGUACAGAAUAUCAAAAAUGCAGAGACACUUGUGCUGUCUUUACUAACACUAAAGUAAUUUUUUUUGACCACUGAAGCCAUGUUUUCCUCCAAGUGGCUUUUACAGUUUCCAGCUCAAUGUAAGAAAAUGCCUGGAAAUGCUUUUUAAUUGUACAGAUAUUUUGCUACAAAAAAAUGAUUGCAUAAAAAAAAACCUUCUUAACCUUCAUUAGCAUAAGGUUAAUAUUGUAAAUAUUGAUUUCAUCAUCCUGUUACACUAUUUGAAUGUUAUUUUAACUUAUAGGUUUGUUUUGUUUUCAUUUUGUAUAUUUAAUUAAACCAUGAAUUUUGUUCUAUCUUUGAUUAAAUAUGUAGCAAAGAUCUCAGAUUUUACGCUUGCCUGGCAGUAUUAAGGCAAUAGAUUACUGGCACAAUCUAAAGACGCAUAACGCAUCACUAAGUGAUACUGACACAUCUCUCUGUACCCUGUGAUCUCAUGUCCUUUAUGCAUUCCAUAACUUCUAUAGACCUGGAUCAAACUGGCAUGUUUUCUCAUCCUCUAAUCAAAGAUGUAUCUUUUGGCAUCUUGCUGUUUUAGCAAAAUUUGAUAUGAAUAACAUUAAAGAUACAGUUUUUCAAUGCCAAUGAUUGAAUAAACUAUAUACAUAACUUUAA